UUUGGCGGGGAGGUGGGGGGAUUUUUUAUUACAGUAUUCUGUUCCUCCACUGGAGACCAUCAUUAUCUUAUGCAAUUGAAAAUUCAAAAAUUCCAUUAUGAAUAUUGAAUUCGAGAAAAGUAAGCAAACCAACGAGUCAGAAUACACAAAUUCCUCCCUCUCUCUCCACUCUUCUCUUACAAAUCACCAAUAAAAAAAAACUAUCUGCUUUCCCCAAAUCGACGAUGCCAUCUUUGUUGUUGCCAAUGUUGGGUCUCGUAUCAAUUAUUAUUUUAGCAUAUUUUUUAAUCCCUUCAAGCAAAUGGAGGGGUCCAAGAAACCACCUCUUCUUGCAUUAUAUUAUAUACCUCUCUGCGCCUUAAUGCCCGCAAUCCCCUUUUCUCUUUAUCUAUUAACAUACAUGUUUUUAUGUAUACAUGUCUUCUUUCUUCCUCUAUUUAUGCAGAAUAUGUACUGGGGCUGUUUAUGAUAUGUUAGUGCAGUUGAGAUGUUUGUAUUAAUGCUUCUUCGAUAACUGGUCUUUUUGGCUUCCGGGAUGAAUUUCAGAGGAUUUUGGGAAACAAAAGAGGAACUUAAAGAAGAAGAAAAAAUGGGAAUUGUUGAAAAUACUGAUUGUUCAAAACGGAAAGAUUGGUUUGAUUUGAAUUUCGGUUAUGACGAUUGGAUUACUUUAGAUAAUUCUGACUCAAAGAAGGUGAGGAUGUGGGAAACUGGCAAUACAUCAGAUCAGAAUGUAUCCAAUCCCUCUGGUAAUGGCCGUACUGAUGGUUUGUCGGGUGAAGAACCUCAGGAUGCAGAUUAUUCUCACAUAUCACUUAGCUACGAGUUAGAGAAUCUAAUUUUUGCUAGGUUUCCAAAGUCACAGUAUUGGAAGUUAUGCUUUGUGAAUAAAAGGUGUUUGACUCUCUUGAAAAGUGGUGAGCUUGACGAGAUUAGAAAGAAAAUUGGAUUUAAAGAACCAUCUGUUUUCAUGCUAGCGACUGGGGAAGGUAAUUGGUGGGUGUUUGAUCGAGAAUUUAGGUCCCGAAGAAAGCUUCCAGUUCUACCAUCUGAUCCCUGUUUUGCUUCUGGAGAUAAAGAGACACUCUGUGCUGGUAGUCACCUUCUAGUUUCUGGCAGAGAAAUUGAUGGUCUUGUUAUUUGGAGGUAUGAAUUGGAAGAGAAUAAAUGGUACAAGGGUCCAUCUAUGAUUAGCCCGAGAUGCUUGUUUGCGUCUGCAACUUGUGGUACCUUUGCUUAUGUGGCCGGUGGGAUGGGGAUGGAGGCAAAUAGUGAAGUCUACGAUACUGGUGAAAAAUAUAAUCCAGACAGUGGAUCAUGGGAACCACUUCCAAGGAUGAAAAAGAGGAGGAUGUUUUGCUCAGGAUGUUACAUGGACAAUAAAUUUUAUGUGAUUGGUGGGAGAAAUAAUGAUGGAGAACUAACCUGCGGUGAAUUUUUCGAUGAAACCAAAAACAGAUGGGAGCUCAUUCCCGACAUGUUGAAGGACGAUCCUGUACAAUCAUCCCACUCACCGCCACUUCUUGCAGUCGUAAAUAACAAACUCUACUCACUUGAGUCUUCUUCCAACCAGCUGAAGGUGUAUAUUAAGAAGACCAAUACAUGGAAGGCGCUGGGGCAAGUUCCAGUGAGAGCCGAUUGCAACAGAGGUUGGGGAGUCGCAUUCAAGUCUCUAGGAGAUGAACUGCUCGUGAUAGGAGCAUCGACUUCUUCAUGUACUAGUAAUUGGAUGGCCAUAUAUACAUGUUGCCCAGAUUCUGAUGCCUGUAAAUUACGGUGGAGACCUAUUGACAGUGGCAGAAACGGGCUUAGUCACUUCAUUUUAAAUUGUUGUGUUAUGGGAGCUUGAGGAAGGAUUCUUAGAGAAUUUGAAUCCAUUUAUACUCAUUAUAAGAUUGUCUGUCCUGGAUGUGCAAACGUAAUAUUACUCUACUUGUACUUCAUAUAAAUCCUCCUGUUUUGUUGCCUUUUCUCACUUGAUUAAUAACUUCUGGUAGUGACUCAUUUUA